AUGAGUUAACCUGCUUCUGAAGAAAAGACUAAGCAUGUCGAAGAUAAGCAAUCUGAAGAAAAAGAUUAAUCAGUAGAGAAAAAAAAUGAAAAUAGCUCCGAAAAUGAUUUAUAGGCUGGCUAAGAGGAAGAAUAAGAAGUUCGCAGAGCUCCUAAAAUGAAAUAUGUUGGAGUUUAAAAAGGUGCAAGAGGGCGCAAAUCUAAAGGUGAUGAUUCAGAAGAUGAUGAUGAAUUUAAACCUGAAAAAGAAGCCCACUAUGAUGAUGAAGAUGGCGAUGAAGAAGAUGAAGAAUUCAGCGAAGAUUAUGAUGAAGAUGAUGACUAUGAUGGCGGUAAGAAGUCUAAGAAAAAACCUGGUAAAAGAGGUAGACCCAGUCUUAAAAAAAAAAUUGCUAAAGUGACCAGAUAAACAAGAAAUUCAAAGUCAAAAAAGAGUAAAGAAGAUGAAGACGAUGAUGAAGGAUCUGAAUACGAAGCAAAAGUACCUUAAAAGUAGUCUAAACAAAAUAAUGCUGAAGAAGAAGAUGAAGAAUAGCCAAAAAUUCCCAAAAAGAGAGGUAGAAAACCUAAAUCAUAAACUUAAGUUUAACCUACUUCUAAUGAUGACAAAUCAAAUUAAUAAACUGAAGAUAAUAAUACUGAAAAUGGUUCUUAAAAAGAAAUAGCAUCUGAAAAUUCAGGUAGAAGGACUACAAGAACAAGUUCAGGUAGAAUGCCUGUGCACACUGAUAUUUAUUAGCCAACAUUUAAGAAAUAUAAACCUCACAAAAAAGAAGAUGGUGAACAUCAUAGCAAACAUCAUGAUGAUUAAAGCAAGGAAAGUGAAAGUAAUGAAAAAAAGGAAGAAAGCGAAUAAAAAGAUGAAAAGCACGAUAAAGAUAAAUAGUAGGAAGUUAAUAAUAAUGAAAAGCAUGAAACAAAAGAAUAAAAUGGCGACUCAAAUAAGAAAUAAGAGGAAAAUCCAGAAAAGGCUGAAGAAAUUAAUGUUAAAAGACCUCAUUCCUCUUUAGAUAAAAGUGCUAGCUCAAACUAAACAGAUAGUAUAGAAAGCGAAAGCCACAAGAAAGUAAAAACUGAUAAUAUUGUUUGA